AACGUCAGCGUUCACAGUAGUUCUGGCGUCAUGAUAUGCUAUGGGCUCAUCCUUGUCACUUUCAAACCACAUUUAUGUCUAUAUUUUCUCUGCUAUAGUUUUGUUCAAAUUAAAAUAUUUUUUUAUUAUCAAACUUUGACCUAGUCUACAUUAGCUUAGGGAAUGUUUCCAAAUGAUUGUGCUUUUAAUUAUUGGCCUAGCUAGUGCAAUUAAUACACAUUGAAUUGUGUCCUCAAUUUGGUAUUAAAAACAUGCACAUUUGUAUUAAAUAAAUCUGAGACGUCUGCAUCCCAAAGCAUCUAUAAAGUUUCAAUAAAAAAAUCUACAGAUGACGCACUUUACUUGACUAUCCAAAUGACGCACCUGUCAUUCUCAUAUGUAGCCUACGUCUGGGCACUAAACUCAAUUUCAGGAAAUAACCAAUGAAAGAAAGAGGAGCUUAUCAAGCGAUAGGAGGGCUAUAUUGUGUCUACUUUGAGGAGAUAUUAUAAAACGCUAUUAAAAUGUCGGGAUUUGAAGAUAACCCAUUUGUAGAAUCGUACGACAUCAUCCCUUUUCAGGAUCCCUCAGUUACAGAAGUGACCAACUCUGACGUAGACCAUCAGACGGUUAGCCUAUCGGGGCCCACCAUUCCGGCCUCCAGGAUCCCUUCCCAGCCUGCCGUGCUACAGCCGUCAACAGAGCCCAGCCCACAGGCCACGGCGGCUGCGGUCCAGGCUAGCCUGCUGAGGCAGCAGGAGGAGCUGGGGAGGCUGCAGAGGGAGGCUGCAGACCUGGAGCACAUAGUGAAGGAGUUGCAGAGCAGGGGCACCUCAACAGGCAAUGACAACAACUGGCCACCUCUUCCCAAGGCUUUUCCCAUAAAUCCUUGCUUCUACCAGGACUCCUCGGAGGAGAUUCCCAUGGAGCACCGGAGGGUUUGCAAGAUGUUGUACUAUCUGUGGAUGUUCUACUGUGUGACUCUGUUCCUCAACAUGCUGGCCUGUCUGGCCAACUUCACCAUGAACACGUACUUUGUUGUGGACUUUGGCCUGUCCAUUCUUUGGCUCAUCCUGUUCACCCCUUGCUCCUUCCUCUGUUGGUACAGACCUGUCUACAAGGCCUUCAAGUCGGACAGCUCCUUCAGUUACUUCUUCUUCUUCUUUGUGUUCUUCUGCCAAGUGGUGGUUAUCAUUAUCCAGUCUGUGGGCAUCCCCAACUUGGGAAACAGUGGUUGGAUCGUCUCGUUGUCUGCCAUUUCCUCCAACGAGGCGAUGGGAGCCGUCAUGAUGGUGGUGGCCUACUGCUUCACUGCCUGUGCUAUGCUGUCAGUCAUCCUGCUGAGGGUGGUGCACAGCCACUACUGGCAUACUGGGGCCAGCUUCCAGAAGGCCCAGCAGGAGUUCUCCCAGGGCGUGUUCACCAACAAGACCUUCCAGACGGCUGCCACCUCCGCAGCCGCCUCCGCUGCCUCCGGAGCCUUCCAGGGGAACAACUACACCCAGGCCGGGCUAACUCAACCCCCAUAUACCCCCUUCACCUCCUCCAUCCAAUGCCCACCACCGCACCACCUGUUUGGGAUGGAUCCCCUCCCCCUCCCCUGCUGUCACCAUCCAGUGCAGGUCCCACCAUGGAGCUCAUUUCAUAUAUGAGCUGUGGUCAUCGGACAGCAAACAAAUGGUUGCUUGAGUAGGAAACUGUACCCACUGUGUUUUUUGGGAAUUGGAAGCCUGAUGUUGUGAUGUUCUUCAGUAUGUGUUCGUGUGCAUCUUUUUUUGCGAUGCUCGUGUGUGUAUGUUCUCUUUUAGCGAUUUUCUCUCUCUGUCUGUGUGUGUGUGUGUGUGUGUGUGUGUGUGGGGGGGGGGGUUUGCUCCUGAUAGUGUCUUGCAUGUCUGGCCAUUGUAAAGGGACCACCGGUUGAGAGACUCUGUUGUAAAGGGACCACUGGUUGAGACUCUCAACAAUGGUGGCUUCUCAGCAUCCUUUAAUUUCAAUGUACAAAUGAAGACAAUGAGUGUUGCUUUUAGUAGGGUGAAACCUGAUUGAAAAAUAUAAUGAAGUUUAAAGUGUGUACUCUGUCUCAUAAGACUAUGAUAAUCAGCUAGGUUAUUAGUUACCAGGGCUACUGUAAUUAUUAGAUGCACAUUUUUCAUUAUACUUAGAAAUCACCUCAAACUAACGUACCUUCAAAUUCACACCAUUUCAUUAGCCUUUUCAGAUAGUUUUCGUCAAAAUGAGGUACUUUGUUUCCAAUCUUUUCAUGUCGUAAAUAGUCCUGCUGUAUGUGUAGAGUAUUGGCUUUGGCAAUGAGAGACUGGUGUUGUGUAAGAAUGGCUUGAAUAUUUAACAGCAGGUUGGUUUGUCAGUAUAGGCUGUCCCGUUGAACUUAAAGGGACAGUUCACCCCAUUGUCAGUAUAGGCUGUCCCGUUGAACUUAAAGGGACAGUUCACCCCAUUGUCAGUAUAGACUGUCCCAUUCAACUUAAAGGGACAGUUCACCCCGGAACCAAAGUUUGUCAUUUUCAUGCCCCCAAAGUGGUCUGUUUCACGAUGUCUAGAUCCCUCUACACAUGCAUUGAAAGAAACACGUAGGCAUUCAUCUCCAACCAAUGAAAACAACGGGCAUCUUAGUACAGAUAGUAUGGAAUAGAUUCUGCUUACACAUAAAAGGCCCACUCUGUGAUUAGUUACUGCUGUUAGGGUUAUGAUGGUGUCUGGUGAACUUGGAUUUUGGAGUGGACUAUACCUUUUCACCAAAAACUUGACGUGUGCCUUGACCAGUGUCUCUCCAGUUUGUCGCUGUAGUCAUUGGGUCCUACAUUAACCAACUCUUAACCUUUUUAUUAUGGGAGAAAUUCCGUUAUAAAAUAACUAUUUUUUAAUUUUUUAAAUGUAUGACAUAUCCCCUGUUCAUAGUACCGUGUCGACCUGAAUCGUGCUGUACACACAUUUUCUUUUCACAUGGUCCUUUCCAGCAUGGUUCAGGCAACUAUGCUGGAUGAAUAACCAGGCCAGUUCAGCUCUGUUCAGCUCAGCUCAGUAGUGUGAAAAUGGUAUCAUUUAGAUAGAAAUCAUUUGUAAGUGAGUGUCAAUGUUAUAUUCUAUGGAUUUGCCACUAACAGAUUCAACAUGUGAACAAUGCGAAAUAGCUUUUUGCUCUACUUUGGAUUUGUUUUUUGAUAAUUCAGGUUGGGAAGAGCCUGUCACUCAAAAUUAAGAGCUGGACAAAGUAGAGCUGAGUGGUCAAACAACAAGAUAAAUGUUCUUAUUUGAGAUUCUUGCUUACUUUAACACAAAUUAUUCUUCCUUAAGCUUCCUAGACAAAGAUCAAGUACUUAAAUGAUUUGUGAAUGGAUUGAUGUAAAUGAUCUAUUUUAUCAUUUUGAUUUGCCACAUUCACAGGAGCAUGUAUACAUUGUCGGUUUAAAUGUAAGAAUUGUCCGAAAUCAACAAAGCAAAUCAAUCAUGACGAAUGUAAUAUUUGAUCUAUUGGUUUACUAAAGGUUUAAAAAAGUAUCAUAAAAAUACUAUUGAUAUUGAAA